GUUUUAACAGCCUGUCGCCUGUAGAGGCUUUAAGUAGCCUAUUUUACGUUUUACAAUUUUCAAAAGGAGACUUGAAAAGGUAAUAACUGUGAAUAAAGACGAAGGCAAGAAUCCACCUGCUUCAAGGAAAGACAGGCAAACUUGGUUACCAAGGGGGUCUAGACCAUCUGCCCUGAGGAGUCAAGGAGAGAAGGACAUAAGGAAGGAAGGAGACAGAUCAUUAUCUAUUGUUGCACUCUGCCUCACACUGCAUACAAAUGUAUGCUGAGAAGGUGGUGACAGAGGGGAAGAUGGGGAGCAGGGGAAUCUCUCUAACCUGUGUGUUAACCCCCUGUCGUGUCAUUGGGGUGUGUGUGGUCCUGAUGACCCUGGGAGCCAUUGGAGCAGCCGUCUGGGCCGUAGUGACGUAUUGCACAAUGGAGGAAGACACAGGACUGUAUGAUGUUCAGGUAAAUUCUCCUGACCAACGCCUCAGAGUCUUUGACUCAGCCCAGAGGAGGUGGCGUCAGGUGUGCUCCUCCUCAGCAGACGAGCUUCUAGCUAGCAUCAGCUGUGAAGAAAUGGGCUUUGUCAGCGUGGUGAAUUACUCCCUCACGUUGGUGCCUGAGGCCAGUGGAGACGGAGGGGAGUUCUUCUGCGUCAGAGAGAAGGAGCUCAGCUAUGGCAAGAAAAUCAAAGACUCAUUGUUUCCAUGUGACUGUGAGAGCAGGGAGGUUCUCACACUCCUGUGCCAAGACUGCGGCAGGCGUAGCUUUGCAGCAGACCGUAUAGUUAAUGGUGUGGAUGCAAGGCAGGGCAGCUGGCCAUGGCAGGUGAGCCUGCAAUACGAUGGGGUCCAUCAGUGUGGAGGAUCCAUCAUCUCAGACCGAUGGAUUGUGUCUGCAGCUCACUGCUUCCCAGAGCGGUAUCGCUUCGUUAACCGCUGGCGUGUGCUGCUGGGCUCCAUCUAUAAUAAACCAGGGAACGGUAACCUGGUGGAGGUGAAGACCAUCGUUUACCACAGCAGCUACCUGCCCUUUGUAGACCCUAAUAUUGAUGAUAACAGUAGAGACAUCGCUGUUCUGGCCCUUACCCAGCCCCUCACCUUUAACGAACACAUCCAACCUGUUUGCCUGCCAGCAUAUGGUCAGAGACUGAUAGACGGACAGAUGGGAACCGUUACAGGCUGGGGGAAUGUCGGAUACUACGGUCAUCAAGCAGAUGUUCUGCAGGAAGCAAACGUCCCGAUCAUCAGUGACAAUGUCUGUAAUGCUCCUGAUUACUAUGACAACCAGAUCACCACCAGCAUGUUUUGUGCAGGUUAUGACAAAGGAGGCAUUGAUGCCUGCCAGGGAGACAGCGGCGGUCCGUUUGUGGCAGAUGACUGCCUGUCUAAAACUAAUCGGUAUCGUCUGCUGGGCGUGGUCAGCUGGGGAACGGGCUGUGCCAUGGCAAAGAAACCUGGGGUCUACACUCGGGUGUCCAGAUUUCUGCCCUGGAUAUCUACGGCCAUGAGGAAUUAUCACAACUCACCAGGACUUCACAAAAUGGCCCGAACAUGAGAUUCCUGCUCUCACCUUUCCCUUUUUUUCUAUUCUUGGAUGACAAUACUAAAAGACCUCAACAAUGUCCAUGGGGACUGUAUAACAGAAGGAUCAAGGGAUGUGAGGUUCCCCUUAUGUCACGGUACAUGAGAUUCCCCUUCUUAUCCUAAACCUGCGAUGAGGAUUUAACCCCUUCAUGAAUCUGCCAACAUUUCUUAAUGUCUACCCUGUGUCAGACAGACAGAGCUCUUUAGGAGAAGUGAAGUAGGAAAUGUGAUAUUGGAGGAGCUAUUUUGGUUGCCCUUUUUUGUUUUUCAUAAAAAGUACAAUGACAAAAGGGUGAAAAUGAAAUUGCAUUAGGAACACUAAACUGGAUUAAAGCUGCCAGUUUCCUUUUUCAGCUGCUGCUAAGUAACCAGAAGUCAAGAUUUUUUUUACUAACGUGCUGACCAGAUUUAAGACUUGUAAAAGUAAGAUUCAUUUUAAGCACUCUCCAGGUAAUUGAAAAGAUGUAUACACUAAUGAAUGGGCUUCUUGCAGCACAGUGAGCCUGAUCAGUGUAAGUAAAUGCAGACUGCACCUUUAAUUUCUACAAAGUAAAGAUAUUUCAUCUUGAAGUACAAAGAGCUGCACAUUGUGCCUCACUAAGACACAGACACAGACACACACACACACACACACACACACACACACACACACACACACACACACACACACACACACACGUAUACAAGCACACACACACACACACACACACACACACACACACACACACACACACACACACACACACACACACACACACACACACACGUAUACAAGCACACACACACACACACACACACACACACACAAAGAACAAACACGAACAAAGAUUUUAAAUUUCAGUAAUUAUGAGUAAAGCUGACAUAUUAAACUUUCCCAUGUUAGCAUCAUUUUGUAAAAUUGAUGCGCACAUCAAGACUUUUAAACAUAAAUGUUGUUUUAAAUGCAGUCUUGUUUUUUUUGUUAAAACUAACUAUUCAUUUACAAUCAGACUUUAUGAAAGUAAUAACAGGUGAGGAUGAAACUUGAUUUCAAUAAUACUGAAAUCCACUUUCUUUUGUUGUCUUGUAAAUAUUUGUCAAUGUGUACAUGUUUAUUUGAGCCAUGUUACGGAUGUCUUCAUGAACCACAGAUCCUACACCACGAGUCUUAAAAACAGGCUUAAUAACAGAGAAAUAACUUGAUGUCUAAUGAUUACCAAACAUCAGGUUGAUGUCUGAAGUUCUGUGUUGAAUACAAAAAUGUAAUAUUGUAAUUUUAAACGUAAAACACUAACAUACUGUAUUUCAGCCUUGCCCAGUUUUAUUCUUUUUUUUUUUUUUUAUUGUUUGUACAGUUAAGAUGACAGUGGCAUCUGGCAAUAGUUUCAUUUUUACACUUCAGUAACACUGUUUGCUUUUGGACAUUAAACUUAUUAUGUAAGAAAAGACAUUCAGACAGAAAAAGGAAACAUUUAAAGAACAAUCGAGAAUAUUUGCACACUAGAAAUGACUCUUUAUUGACACACAUUAUACAGGAUAAAGAUUACUGCACAUAGGCAACCUGUUGUCAUCAUCAUCAACCUAUUACUGUAAGUUCUCGGAGAGAUCAUUGAGGACGACCCUCAUUUACAAUGAUGCCGAGAAAACAUACAUAAAUGAUAAACAACGAGAAACGAGAUUAAGCUACUACAGAAAAUAAAAUCAAUAAAAGAGCAAUAAGAACAAUAAAAUAUAUUCACUAAAACAAUUUAAAAGCUUGAAAUUACUACAAUGAUAAGUCAGAAAUUAAAAUCAAAUAAAUCAGUUACAGUCAGGUAUUGGGCGGUUAAAAAUAAUAUUUCUAAAGUGUCCAUAAGGGACAAAAGUGCUCAAAUUCAGGUCCUGUUGUAAAAUAUUCCAGGAGUUUGCAGCACUAACACUAAAAGCAGUUUUCCCCAGGUCAGUCCUGGCAUAAGGAACCUGGAGAACCAGCCUCUCACUCGAGCGGGUUAAAAUGGACCAGGGUUCAGAUGUAACAAUGAGGUGAUAUAUGAUGGAAGCUUUCCGGUAAGGGCUUUAUAGAUAAAAAGAUGCCAGUGGUUAUUGCGUCUCUCAGUGAGGGAGGGCCAACCAACUUUAUCAUGUAGAAUGCCGUGGUGAUGCCUAUAGACCACAUCACCAUAAUCCAAAACUGAGAGAAAUACUGCUUCAAUUAUCCUUUUCCGACAGAACAUA